AUCAGCAAAACUUAUCUUCAUCAUCCAAAUUUAAAAUUUAACUAUCCCAAUAUGUUUUCUUUUCUCAUCAUAUUGUUGGAGGUUUUUCAGGUAGUUAUCGCUGCGGUUGCCUCUAUAGUCUUCUUAGGUUUGGCAGGUGUAACACUCGCUGGUUCAGCGGCGGCAUUAACCGUCACCGCACCACUUUUUAUCAUAUUCAGUCCAAUUCUCGUACCAGCCACAAUAGCUACUGCUGUCUUAACCUCAGGGUUCACGGCCGGCGGUGCCCUAGGAGCGAUGGCUGUUGCUCUCAUCAGGCGUAGGACGGGAAUAAAGCCGAAUGCGGAAGGAACCUCUUCAACUCCAUCAGCCCAACUCAAAUUGCCAAUUUCUGGUGGAUAUGGAGGAUCUUGGGGAGGAAAAACAUUUUCUGGAACAUUCGGGAAACCAUUUUCUGGAAAUGUCCCAGCAUGGUUAAAAGGUAUAAUUGGAGGUAUACCUGGGGCCGCAGGUGGAGGUACACCGGCGGCCGGAGCUGCUAAACCUGCGGCUGGAGCUGCUCCACCUGCCGCCGGAAGUACACCACCUACAUGGUAAUAGAAACUAGUCAAGUUGUUCCAAUAUGUAGCAUAUAUAUAUAGUGUGCAGUGUGCACUGAUUCAUAAUUCUAUGACUAGAUACUUAAAAUGAAAUAAAAGCUUUCAUAUGUUUAUAUGUGAUGUUAAA